AUGAAGCUCACCAUCUUUGCCAUCCUUGCUUCGGCUGUUGCCGCCUUCGUUGCCCCCCAGGCCGCACAAACCUCCACUGCAUUGAACGCCGAGCGUCGUGAAUUCAUCUCCGCCGCCGCCGUUGCCGGACUUGCUGCUUUCGCACCUGCCGCGAACGCCGUCCGUGACUACGAAGGUAUUGGAUACCUUGGAGGAGGCAAGGUCGUUGAUGUUAACAACGCCAACGUCCGCGCAUACUUGAAGAUGCCUGGUCUUUACCCCUCUGUUGCCGGAAAGAUCGCCUCCAACGGACCAUACAAGUCAGUCGGCGACCUUUACAGCAUCCCAGGACUUUCAGGCGCAGAAAAGGACUUGAUCAAGAAGUACGAAAGCCGAUUCACCGCACUUGCCCCAUCUGCUGACUACGUCAUUGACCGCAUCAACAACGGACUUUACCGUUAA